GACCCCGCCAAGUCAUUAUUGAGACACCUCCAGUCUGGGGUACACGGCAUUUGGUAUAACCUUCCAGAGGAAGCCACAGGAUUGCUCAUCAGAUCAACAUCCGCCGAAAGCUAAACACAUCUGCAAAAGGAACAUAAUGUCUUCCCAUGUCAAUGGCGAAAAGCCCACCGUGCAGAACAUGGAACAUCCCAUCCAGAUUGAAACUCAAGACAAAAUCGACACCUUACACAAUGAUGAAGCACUCAAAGUCAUUGCCGAAGAGCACGGAUCAAAUGAAUGGGAGCCAGCAGAGGAAAAACGCAUCCUACGCAAGAUUGACUGGAGUCUACUCCCUCUACUGUGCUUGACUUAUGGGUUGCAGUACUAUGACAAAGCCAUGUUGUCACAAGCGGCUAUCUUUGGAUUACGCGACGACUUGAAUCUGAGCGUUGGUAAUCGCUAUACCUUCAGCUCCGCCAUAUUUUACCUCGGCUUUCUGUCAGGCUCAUAUCCUUCCACAGUGCUUGCUCAACGCUAUCCGAUCGAGCGUGUUGCAGGUGGCCUGGUUCUCUUGUGGGGAGUCUCCCUUAUGGCCACAGCGGGAUGCACAAAUUUCCAAGGACUGUACGCACAAAGAUUCUUCCUUGGCUUUUUGGAAGCAGGGAUCUCGCCAAUCUUUAUGCUUGUUGUUGGGGGUUGGUAUGAAAAAUCUGAGCAAGCGCUUCGAAUGGGAGCAUGGUUCUGUUGCACUGGAUACUUUGGAGCAAUGUCUCCUCUUGUCAAUUAUGGCCUUGGACAGAUAAGAGGUGGUGCGCUGAACUCCUGGCAGUACAUGUAUCUGGUGGCUGGAGGAAUCACUGUCCUUUGGGCUUUCGUGGUCUAUUUCUUCUUGCCGGCCGACCCCAUUCGAGCCAAAGGAUUUACGACACGUGAGCGCUACAUUGCCGUUGCUCGCCUCCGGAAGAACAACAGUGGUGUCCGCAAUCUCCACUGGAAGAACUCUCAACUAGUUGAAAGCUUGACCGACGUCAAAUUUUGGCUUUGUAUCUUCAUGGCUUUUUUCAUGAUGUUUGCCAACGGACCUUUUUCCACGUUCACUCCUAUCAUUGUCCACGGCUUCGGAUUCAGCGCAUUGAACUCAUUACUCCUCACCGUUCCCGCAGGAGUCUUUGUUGGAACCGUCGAGCUCGGGGCUUGCUAUCUAGCAUAUCGAUAUCAAAAUUCGAGGACCCUCAUCAUGUUGAUCUGUCAGGUCCCUACGGUCGUUGCGUCUUUGCUGCUCUGGCUUCUUCCACGCCAUGAACUAGGUGGCUUACUCUUUGCGGUAUUCGUCAUUGCAUCUUUUGGAGGAACUUACGCUGUUCUACUUGGGCUGACCAUCGCCAACUGCGCCGGCUACACCAAGAAGACAGUGUAUUCUGCAGGGUUGUUCGUUGGGUACUGCCUGGGUAAUAUUGCAGGCCCACUGAUCUUCAGGCAGAAUGAUGCACCACGAUAUGCUACUGCCUUUAUCAUCGUCCUGAUCACUGCAGUCCUCACACAGGCCCUGACCUUGAUCUAUCGCUACCUAUGCAUAAGAGAAAAUAGGAAGAGAGAUGAGAGCGGGGUCGAGGAGGGAUUCGACCACGCUUACGAGGACGAUCUCACAGAUAGAAUGAAUCCGCAAUUCCGCUACAUUUACUAG